CUCCCAAGCCCUGGAAGCCUGGGUUCCUUCCACGGGAGCAGGAUGGAAAGGGGGCUCUUCCUCUUGGCAUGGCUUUGGGGUGCUGCCAUCGCGGCUCCCAUCCGGCUGACGGGGGGCCCCAGCCGCUGCGUGGGGCGGCUCGAGGUGCUCUGGGAGCAGCAGUGGGGCACGGUGUGCGACGACCGCUGGGACCUGCCCCACGCCGCCGUCGUGUGCCGGCAGCUGGGAUGCGGGGAAGCGCUGGCGGCGCCGGGAUCGGCUCCCUUCGGACGAGGAGAGGGUCCCAUUUGGCUCGAUGACGUGGAGUGCAAUGGCACCGAAGGCGAGCUCGCGGCCUGCAGGACCAGACCCUGGGGAGAGCAUAACUGUGACCAUGGGGAGGAUGCAGGGGUCGUGUGCGCAGGGCCUGCAUCCCCGGUGCCGGUGAGGCUGGUGAACGGCUCCAGCCGCUGCGCUGGCCGGGUGCAGGUGUUCUACGGCCGUCGAUGGGGCACGGUGUGCGACGACCACUGGGACGUGAGGGACGCCGAGGUGGUGUGCAGGCAGCUGGGCUGUGGGGCCGCCCUCUCCGCCCCCCCAGCCGCUGCCUUUGGCAUGGGCCCGGAUCCCGUUUGGUUGGAUGAUGUGGGUUGCAAGGGCACCGAAACCGCCCUCUCCCAGUGCGCCGCGAAGCCUUGGGGGACCCACAACUGCGCUCACCGCGAGGACGCCGGGGUCGUGUGCGCGGGCCAUGUGGAACCUGCCCCACUUCGCUUGAUGGGGGGCUCCAAGCCCUGCUCCGGACGAGUGGAGGUCUUCUAUGGGCAGCAAUGGGGAACGGUGUGCGACGAUGGCUGGGACCUGAGGGAGGCCAACGUGGUCUGCAGGCAGCUGGGCUGUGGCAAGGCUCUGAGGGCCUCCCAUGGGGCUGCCUAUGGGGAAGGAUCAGGCCCCAUUUGGCUCGACGACGUGGAAUGCGAAGGGACCGAAGAUGCUUUGGCCCAAUGCAAAGCCCCUGCCUGGGGAAGCCACAACUGUGGGCACAGAGAGGAUGCUGGCGUGGUUUGCACAGGCGGGAUCUAA